UCACCCGUUUCCAUGAUUUUCUCACUGAAAACAGCGUGAUGUCGCAGAACCAGCACAGUGUCCCACAGCAACCUCGACCCUCCGGUGGACAUGUGACAGCGAGAGUGGUAAAUUUGAAUUCCGAUAGGCUCUGCGUAAGCCCCAAGCGAGAUCACAAGUCUGAAAACUAUGAGGACCUUCAACUGGAUUUCAAUCCUCACGUCUUCGGCUCACUGGAGCAGUAUUUGCCUCCUCACGUCCUCAACCUGUCACGUGAGGUUAAGGUUCGGUAUAUGAGGAACAUUCUGCUUCGCUAUUUCCCCGAGAAUGACCGCAAUCGGAUUCAAAAGCUGAGGGAGUACAGGCUGAAGAUCAUAUUAAAUUAUCCACCAUUACAUAGGGAGAUAUAUACUAUGGAUGCUGAGAACUUUUUCACGCCAUCAUUUCUCAGAGCAAUUAAAGAAAACACCGAAGCAAGUUUUAGAAGUAUAAUGGCUGAACCUAGUGCAGGAAUUUAUACAUUUGAAAUGCUUCAACCCCAAUUUUGUAAAAAACUGAUGUCUGAGGUGGAUAGUUUUGAAAGAUGGGUUCGUGGUACCAAACUCAGAAUCAUGCGCCCUAGUACUAUGAAUAAACAUGGUGUUGUUCUAGAAGAUUUUGGGCUGGAAACCAUGCUUGACAGAUUUAUGAGUGAUAUCAUACAUCCCAUAUCACGAGUUUUCUACAGUGAAUUUGGUGGAUCCUCGCUGGACUCUCACCACGGUUUUGUUGUUGAAUACGGAAUCAGUAAAGACCUUGAACUUGGUAGGUUUCUCCAACUUGUUGAAUUUGGUCGCUGCUUUGUAGAUGCAAUCUGUAAUAUUUUUUUGAACCUAAUCGGAGUUUAAUGUUUCAAGCAUGUCUAUAUAUGUUUUUAUGCUAUUCUUCUCUAAUCAUACACAUGAUGGAAUAUGCGUUUAUUUACCUGGAAUCUUAUAGAUUUUGAUUCUUGUAUGACUAUAACUAAAGGAUAUGAAGAAAAAGUGCAUUAGAUUUUUCAGAUUGUCUCAAAUACUGAGAUAUUUAGUUUUGU